UCUCCUCUUCCUCCCGACUCGCGCAUCCCGCCCCUCCUCUAUGCCGCCACCACCCAAACCCUAACCCUAGCUGCUCCCCACGCAGUCGCCGUUGUCGUCUCCUUCUCCCAGCCUGCCAGAUCCCCGUCGUCCACUUCUCCGGCGUCGUCGCCGUCGUCCUCGCGUGCACACGGCAGGAGGAGCGUGGCCCUCCUCUCACCGUCAUUCCUCGGGUGUAGCCGCGCCUGUCCUCGUACCGCGUCUCCACUCCUCCUCCACGCCGGCGGCGGCACCCGUCCUCCUCCCUCCCCUCUCCAGGUGGCUGGGACUGUCCUCGAGGUCGACCAUGGAGGCCCUUUUUGUGCUGGAGCAGGAGCUCGUCCGGGACCCGCACCAUGGCAUGCUUGCCGCCGUCCUCGGCAGCAAGCAGGCGGCCGAGGACGCCAUCCUCUACAGCUACAUGUACGGCUUUUCCGGCUUCGCCGCCGUGCUCACCAACGCGCAGGUGGCGCAGCUCUCCGAUUUGCGUGGGGUUGUGCGGGUGGUUCGGAACCGGGUGCUUGAUGUGCACACCACCAGGAGCUGGGACUUCAUGCGGGUGAACCCAUCGCCAGCUGGCGGGAGCAGAAUCCUCUCUGGCAGCAGGUUCGGGGAGGAAUCCAUCAUCGGUGUGCUAGACACAGGGAUAUGGCCGGAGUCAGCCAGCAUUAGAGACGACGGCAUCGGCGCGAGGUUCCAUGGCGGUGGAAAGGGCAAUGCGUCGCCGGAGAAAGGUUCAAUUCUUCCAACUGCAACAGAUUUACUAUGGAGUUCGAAAUCGCGAACAUCUGACUAAAAAGUAUAGUACUGGUCUAUUCUCGGCCUAUCUAGAACAAAAGAAGCAUAGACGAACAUGUUAAGCUAUUUGGCAGGAAGGAAGGAGGCAAGUGUUCAAACCUACGUCGUUACGAAGGACGAGCCGUUGGUAGUCGUCCAAGCCAGCAAUUUUGGUGUGUUCAGGGUGAAGGUGCCAUUCAAGGCUCUUCUCAAGGUGUUGGAAGUAUCCCUCACCCAAAAGAACAUGCAGAGGGUACUUCUCUUUCAGUUGUGCGAUGUCCACUUCUUUCCCCUUUGUAAAUAACUGUAGCAGGAUGAACCAGAAAAAAACAGCAAGUACAAACCAAAGGAUGUAGUCAUGUAGAGUUGUCAACGAAA